AUGCUAUUCAGAAGAAACUCCUGGGAAUGGGAGAUCGACAACAACACCUUUGAUAUCGUAGAUCUUGACCAGUUCAAAAAUUACAAGUUCUCCACUCUCUGGAAUCUAAUAUGCUCCAUAAUCAUGAAUUUGCUACAUGUCUUGUUGUUCUGUUUUGAUAUCUACACCUGCAUCAACUUACUAGUUUUCAACAAAUGGACCAACGACGAAAUACAACCCAUCAUACCCUUUGAGAUUUCAAGAUGGUUAUUUAGCGGCUGCAUAUUGCUUUCCAUAGUCUUGAUUAUAAUCGACUGGAUCAAAGGUGUAAAGCUAUACUUUACCAGAAACAUCUCCUUGACUUACCUUAACUCUGUUUCAAGAUUUCUUUGGUGUGUCAAAUCAUACAAAUAUUUCUGUCUUUAUAAUGAAAUUUCUCCGUCAAAUUUUUUCGAUAAACGUGCUUUCUUCAUUUUUUUCACCUUUAAGAGUUCAAUCGCCUUGAUCUUUGCAAACACCCCCAGACAAGUAAUUAAUGGUUUAACAAUAGUCUCAAUAUUUAUUGAUGGUCAAGCAGAAACCGUUCUACAAAGUCUAAAGAAUUUACUUAAAGUAGGUUUUAGUGAAAAAUACGCUGUUGUAUUACUAUUCAUGUUUUUAUCCUUUUCCAUUUGGUUAAUCUUCUUUAUUGAGUUUUUAUGGGCUUUGAUAUUAUCAAUGUUUGUCUUGCCAAAGAUUCAUAAAGUUCACAACCAAUCUUUGAAACAAUAUAUUUGCAACUUGAUUAAUCAGAAUGUCUCUAAUUUAUCACGAAAAUAUCAUAAAAGU